CUCGCCCAUCAUGUGCGGCAUUCUCGCCUGCAUUCACCACCCAGACGCGGCCGCAUACCGGCCGCGCAUGCUCAACCUCUCGCGCUGCAUCCGCCACCGCGGCCCCGACUGGAGCGGCUGCGUCGUCACCGACGAGAGCUCGCAGGACACGCCCAAGCAGGGCAGCAUUCUGUGCCACGAGCGUCUGGCCAUUGUCGGCGUCGACACCGGUGCCCAGCCGCUCGUCUCCACCGACGGCAAGAUCAUCCUUGCCGUCAACGGCGAGAUCUACAACCACCGCGCGCUGCGCAAAGGGCUCAAGGACCAGAGCGCCGAGUUCAAGACGCACUCCGACUGCGAGGUCAUCCUGCACCUCUACCGCGAGCACGGUGCCGACUUUGUCAAGAUGCUCGACGGCAUGUUCUCCUUUGUGCUGCUCGACACGAGCGUGACGCCGUCGCGCGUGCUUGCCGCGCGCGACCCCAUCGGCAUCACCACGUUCUACAAGGGCUCGUCGUACAAGUACCCGGGCGCCGUCUUCUUCGCCAGUGAGCUCAAGGCCUUCCACGAGGAGUGCGAGAUCAUCGACGCCUUCCCGCCGGGCCACUACUACGACUCGGCGCGCGGUGACGGCGACGAGAUUGUGCGCUACUACACGCCCGCCUGGUGGAACGGCGACGUGGAGCCGAGCGCGCUGCCGACCAACGACGCCGACCUCGCGCUGAUCCGCGAGCGCCUCGAGAUGGCCGUGCGCAAGCGCCUCAUGUCCGAGGUGCCGUACGGCGUGCUGCUCUCCGGCGGCCUCGACUCCAGUCUCAUUGCCGCGAUUGCCGCGCGCGAGACGAACAAGGUGGCAGAGGCGCAGCGCGUGCGCAUGGAGCAGGCGCAUCAGCGCCGCGCAGCCAAGCGCAUGGCGGGAGGCAGCGGCGCUGUGACGCCGGCGGCCGGUGCCGGCGCUGCUGACGGCAUGGCUGUGGGCCUCGACGACGAGGCGGGCGAGGAGACGCUGGCCAGCUGGCCGCGGCUGCACAGCUUCAGCAUUGGCCUGCCCGGCUCGCCAGACCUGGCUGCGGCACGGGCGGCUGCCGCCUACCUGGGCACCGUGCACCACGAGUACACGUUCUCGGUGCAGGAGGGCCUCGACGCCAUCGCCGAUGUCAUCUUCCACCUCGAGACGUACGACGUGACGACGGUGCGCGCGUCGACGCCGAUGUACCUGCUCUCGCGCAAGAUCAAGGCCAUGGGUGUCAAGAUGGUGCUCUCGGGCGAGGGCUCGGACGAGAUCUUCGGCGGCUACCUGUACUUCCACGCUGCGCCCGACGCCACGUCCUUUGCCAAGGAGUGCGUGAGCCGGGUGAAGAACCUGCACACGGCCGACUGCCUGCGCGCCAACAAGUCAACGAUGGCGUGGGGCCUCGAGGCGCGCGUGCCCUUCCUCGACCGCGCCUUCCUCGACGCCAGCAUGGCCAUCGAUGCCAAGCACAAGCAGUUCAGCAAGGGCUCGCUGCAGACCAAGGACGCCGACGGCCGCCCGAAGAUGGAGAAGUACAUCCUGCGCAAGGCCUUUGACCUCACGCCCGAGGGCGACGACAAGCCGUACCUGCCGUCGGAGAUCCUGUGGCGGCAGAAGGAGCAGUUCAGCGACGGCGUCGGCUACUCGUGGAUCGACGGCAUCAAGGAGCACUCGGAGAAGGCCGUCUCGGACGCCAAGUUCUCGCAGCGCGCACGGCGCUACCCGCAGGACACGCCCGACACCAAGGAGGCCUACUGGAUCCGCGAGCAGUUCGAGGCCUGGUUCCCGUCGCCCGCUGCGGCCAGCACGGCGGUGCGCUGGGUGCCGCGCGGCGACUGGGGCUGCGCCAGCGACCCGUCCGGCCGCGCCGUGGGCAUCCACGACUCGGCGUACAGCACGGAGUGAAGGCGGGGAAGGGGAGCUGGACAGAGGGACGCGUAGAGAGACGCUUGAAGAGGACCAGUAGCGAGACCGCUCAAUAAUGUGCAAGGCGGAGGAC